CAAACAUCGUCGCCGUCAACACACCGCAGCCCACGGCCCCAGAUCUGCCUCGCGCCGUCAAGUGGGCGGACACGCGACGAUAGCUUGACAUGUCUCACAGCCACCGCGGCCACGCUCCACCAUGUCCAGCGACGCAAGAGUCUCGCCAAUCGACCCAGAUACCCUGUCGACCAAAGCAACUGCGCACUGCGUCUGGCGCUGUUGCGCUGCUGGCCCUCGCCGCAUCUGUACCAAGGACAAUGGCUCAGGCCAACUGCAUCUCGCUGCAGGGCUCAUCGACAUGUCCGGCCUUCAGUGCGGCAUCAAUUAGUACGAAUCUGACCGGCGAUUUCUCGUUCCUGUCGUUCGUGUCAGACGUACAGUCCUUUGACAACCAGUUGCGUUCUUACAUCUCAACCACUUACACGCAACGACAGUACCAGAAUAUUCUAGGCUGCUCAAACGUCGAUCUUAGUAACACCACCGACCUAUAUGCACGUUACACGACUACAGUUCUUUGCAAUGCCAUCGUACAGAACUCAAGAGAGCCAUGUGGUCUGAGCGACGCUAAUUCGACACCACUCUGUGCAAGCGCUUGUGCGGAUUUUGCGAUUAGCGAGCAGGAAGUAGUGUCUACCCCGGAACUGUGUGGAACCCCUGGUAGCAACGCCAACUCUCAGAUACGAGCCGAUUUCACCCGCUGCUCUUUACCGGCCAAUUCACUCAGUGGUAGCUGUAUCGAAGCAGUACGCAACGAGCCUACAGAAUGCGGAUACAAUUCAAACUUGCAGGGACUGUGCGCUCAUUGCGCUGACAGCACCGUCAAUUCGACUAGCACGUGUUGCAUCAACUCGAAUGUUGAAUCGCGUUGUGUAGGUGUUGUGCUGCCAACAACGGUGUCAAUGCCGCCGCUGUUCCCCAGUAGUACUUCAACUGGUGCUCCGACUGCGUCAAACGGAGCCGCGGCUAACGGGUCUCGUUCUGGACUUUCUGGAGGUGCUAUUGCGGGUAUUGCUGUGGGUGCUGUCGUAGGUGCUGCACUAAUCCUAGCAGCCCUUAUUUUCUUCUGUCUGCGUCUACGCAGGAGGAAACAAGGCCAAGCCGGCAGCAUCCUGAACACACCGUCGCCAUCACGACAUUCCGCGAAAGCACCGCCAAUGAGUUACGGUGGCGAUGGCCAUUUCCCGCCUGCUGUCGUACCUGGUGCUCGUGUGCAACGCAUGUCCGCUCUGGAAGGCUCGUCGUCUUCAGAUAAUCACAGCGAUCGAGGGAUGGCUAUGACUGCUUUUGGCGGCUCUCAUAGCGCAUACGAUUCCCCAGAUUCGAGACAUCACCCCUUUGCCGGUGCCGCAGCUUUCCCCAAACGGCAAGGCUCUCUCUCGAGUCGCUCGGCCCUCGAGUCCAGUACGAAUUCUCCACACUCGGGAUCGGACGGACGCAACUUCUCGAGCCCGGAUGGCGUCGCCUCCGGACAGUCUGAACAGCUGCAAUUUUUCAAGGACUACUAUUCCCAAGACGACAUUCACCCUAAUGACACCGUCGCCACCCUCUGGGCCUAUCAACCACGCGCUGGGGACGAGUUCGAGUUGGAGCGCGGAGACAUGCUCAAGGUUGUCGGUAUCUGGGACGACGGUUGGGCGACGGGUGUCAGGCUAGCUGAAUCAGCAGAACAAUGGGAAGCAAGGAAGGCCGAACAACGCGACUCGGGUGUUAGCAACGGCAGCCGACGACGAUCGCAGACUGAGAUCGAUAGCGACAUCAAGGCCUUCCCGCUCGUCUGCGUGUGCUUACCAGAGCAUUGGCGCAAAACGAUAGAUGGUGACAGCACGGGUAGUGGACAUGGUCUUGGAGGUGACCGAUGACCUUCCAGCCCCGGACCGUUUUGCUCCAAGCAGCUCAUUGACUCCUUUUAGCCCCGUCAUCCUUCUCUGCAUCUCAAACAUUCUUCUCGUCUCCGCUUAGGAUCUCAACCCCGCCGAAUCGAUACGGCUGCAACGGCCCUAGCGUCAGUGUCUCAGCGGUGAGGUCAUCAAUAUUCUCGAAAGCGAAAAAGAAGACUUCGAUACCACGACCAUCUUACGUGCGAACUCCAGGCAAGAAGUCUUCAGGUUCGAGCACGCUAAUCAACACAUCCCCCGAGAGACCGUA